AUUAAAAUAAAUUUUUAACAAGUAAUAUUUUAUUUUAAAAUUAUAUAAUUUAAAUUUUUUACAUAAAAAUAAAAUUAAAAUUGUACAUCUAUGUAAAUAUAUAUUUGCAUAAAUGUUUAUACAUAUAUACACACAUAUUUAAAUUAAAAUUAAAUUUAAAAUAAAAAUAAAUUGAAAAUACAAAAAUAAUUAAAUAAAGUGAAAAGUAUAUAAAUUAAAUUAUAAGAAUUUUAAAUAAAACAUUGCGGUAUACAAGUAUAAUAUUAAUAAAAAAUUAUUUAAGUAACGACAUUAUAAGUACAUAUUCGGAAUUAAAUAAACAUAAUAUAUAAUUAAAAUUAAUUUAAGAUGACAGAAAUUGAUGAUAUUGUUUCGCAUAUGCAAAGAUUUUCAUGGCCAGAUUAUUUAGUUUUUACAUUAAUGUUAUUUAUGUGUAUUUUAAUUGGAAUAUAUUUUGGAUUUAUGCAAAGUAAAUCAAUGGACGAAGAUGAUUAUUUAAUGGGUGGUAGAACAAUGAUGGUUUUUCCAAUUAGUUUAUCCCUGAUAGCAAGCUUUAUAUCUGGUAUAACAUUAUUAGGUCUACCAACGGAGGUUUAUUCAUAUGGUAUACAAUAUGUGUAUGUGGCCGGAGGAGUUAUAUUUAUGGGAUUUGUUAUGGGAAUUUUUUAUUUACCAGUAUUUCAUGAUUUAAAUAUAACAUCAACAUAUGAGUAUUUGGAAAAACGUUUCGAUAGUCGUUUAAGAUUAUUUGGUUCGAUUAUGUUUACUUUAAUGAACAUUGCCUAUUUACCAAUUGUGAUAUAUGUACCAGCUUUAGCUUUUAAUCAAGUUACUGGGGUUAGCGUUCACACAAUAACGCCGGUAGUUUGUAUAGUGUGCAUUUUUUAUACGUGUGUGGGCGGUCUAAAAGCAGUAGUUUGGACUGAUGUUAUACAAACAUUUUCAAUGUUUGGUGCUUUACUUUUAGUUGCUGUAAAAGGUACAUAUGAUUUAGGUUCUUCACGAGCAUUAGCCGUUAUAACUGAAGGCAUAGAAUCUGAGCGAAUAGAAUGGCCAGAUUUUAAUAUUGAUCCAACAAUUCGUCAUACAAUUUGGUCACAAAUUAUUGGCGGUGUAUUUUAUUGGACUCAAACAAAUGCUGUUUCUCAGAAUAUGAUACAACGGUAUUUGUCAUUGCCUUCAUUAAAAGCUGGUCGUCAAGCUUUGACUAUAUUUGUUGUAGGUGUGAUGGCAUUAAUGAUGUUAUGCAGUUAUAAUGGUUUAUUAAUAUAUGCUACUUAUAAGGGUUGUGAUCCUUUAACAACAAAGUUAGCAAAAGUAAGAGAUCAGUUGUUGCCACUUUUUGUAAUGGAUAUCUUAAGAGAUUUACCAGGUUUAUCUGGUUUAUUUAUAGCUGGAGUUUUUAGUGCUGCUUUAAGUUCACUUUCAACAUGUUUGAAUUCAAUGUCUGCAGUUGUAUUAGAAGAUUUUUUCAAACCAUAUGUUAAGAAUCCAUUAUCAGAUAGAGCCGUUGAUUGGAUUAUGCGAUCAGUUGUUGUUUUACUUGGAAUUUUAUGCCUUUGUUUAGUUUAUGUUGUUGAAAAAAUGGGAACUGUUUUACAAUUAACAAUGAGUUUAGAAGCAAUUACAAAUGGUCCAUUAUUUGGUAUUUUUACUUUGGGUAUAUUUAUGCCAUGGAUCAAUGGAAGCAGUGCAUUAACUGGUGGUAUCCUAGGAGUUGUAUUAAUGUCAUGGAUUAGUUUAAAUGCACAAUGGGGUAUAGCAUCUGGUGCAAUAAAAUAUGAUACGAAAAUCCUAUCUAUUGAAAAUUGCACUUAUAAAUUUGAUACAACCAAUGUUAUAACAAAUUCAACAGAGCUAACAUCUAAAUCAAAUGAUAUAUUUGUUUUGUAUAAGAUCUCUUAUAUGUGGUAUACAUGUUUGGGUGCUGUUGCCACAAUUAUUGUAGCGAUACUUUGUAUGUUAAUAUUUGGACGUAAUGAUAUUAAAAAAGUGGACAAAGCUUUAAUAACACCAUGUAUAAGAAAAUUCAUGUCUGAUCAAAAAAUGCAAGAAACAAACGGCUACAGUACUAAAAACAUUCCGAACAAAUUAAAACACAGUGAAUCAGCGCUUUAAUAAAUAUAGGUAGAUAUAAAUUUUUUAGUUGUUUGAUAAAAGUUACUUUGUAAAUUUUAUAGGAUAAAUUAAAUUUAAUUCGUUUUAAGAAACCAAACUUAAUGUUAAAAUAACAAGAAGAUAAAUAAGAUUAAAUAGAAUAAAAUAUAAAACUGUAAUAA